GUCCCUUAAAGGGACGUUGGGGGUUGGUUAUGCUAUAAAUUCUCCUCCCCCACGUUCUGUCUUCCCCAAUUCACCAUUCAUUCUUUGCGUAUUACAGAGUCCCCUGUUAGCAUAUGUCUCACAGACCCCUCGUCCCUCAUUAUUCCUCCAUUGCCUUCACUCUUCAUUCCCAUCUCUUGGUUUCCAGUGACAUGAACUCCACUUCCAAUUGCUCCUUUUAAUUCCCUUUCCCCUAUUAUUUUCCGAGAUCAGACCUCCCUAAUUCUCUCUGCUUCCAAUUCUAUUUUCUCGCCCUUCUUUCACCCUUCUGUCACGUUUUUAUUUUCUUGUUUGUUUCCCGAGAAAUUUUGAUUCCUGGAUAAUGGGUGUCAAGGGAUUUGUCGAAGGGGGAAUUGCUUCCAUUGUUGCUGGCUGUUCCACCCACCCGCUUGAUCUGAUCAAGGUCCGAAUGCAACUUCAGGGCGAGACUCCUGCUCCCACGGGGGCGGUUCAGAAUCUCCGUCCGGCUCUCGCUUUUCAGACCAAUUCUGUGACUGCUCCGAGGUCUAUGAAUAUUCCUUCGCCACCGCCUCCAGCGGCGCGUGUUGGCCCAGUUGCUGUUGGGGUUCGUAUUGUGCAGCAGGAAGGAGUCGCCGCUCUCUUCUCCGGCGUUUCCGCUACCGUUCUCCGGCAGACUCUCUACUCAACUACCCGUAUGGGUCUUUACGAUAUGCUCAAGCAGAAGUGGACCGAUCAGGAUACCGGAAAACUGCCGCUGGUGCGAAAGAUAUCGGCGGGUUUGAUCGCUGGUGCGAUCGGUGCUGCAGUCGGCAACCCGGCCGAUGUGGCGAUGGUACGAAUGCAAGCCGACGGGCGGCUACCGCCGGCGCAGCGACGAAACUACAAAAGCGUGGUCGACGCCAUAACCCAGAUGGCACGUGGGGAAGGCGUGACGAGUUUGUGGCGUGGUUCGUCGCUGACGGUGAACCGUGCGAUGCUUGUUACGGCUUCGCAGCUCGCAUCAUACGAUCAGAUAAAAGAGACGAUUCUGCAGAAGGGAUUGAUGAAGGACGGCCUGGGAACACACGUGACGGCGAGUUUCGCCGCCGGGUUCGUGGCGGCAGUAGCGUCGAAUCCAGUGGACGUGAUAAAGACGAGGGUGAUGAACAUGAAGGUGGAGGCAGGGGCGGCGGCUCCGUACUCGGGAGCGUUGGAUUGCGCGAUGAAGACGGUACGGGCAGAGGGGCCGAUGGCGCUGUACAAGGGGUUCAUACCGACGAUUUCACGACAGGGACCGUUUACGGUGGUGCUGUUUGUGACGCUGGAACAAGUUCGAAAGGUGCUUAAAGAUUUCUAGUUAAAAUUAAAAAAAUUGUUUUAGAAUAUAUUCCAAAAAUGAAGUUUAUAUAAUAUUAUGGGAAUAUUGUAUUUUCCGUUCGUGGUUUAAAUUAAGAAGCUGAUGUGAAUGGAGAUUGUUCAUUUCUUCA